UUCUCUUUUUUUUUUUUUUCUUGCUCUCACUUCUUUUUCUUUAUUCCACAACCUAUGUUUAUGCCAUCGUAAAAUAUAUAUCCAACCCAAUCUAUUAUUUCCAUAGUACCUAGAUAUAAAAAAAACCCCCCACCCUCAAGUAUACGUUUAUUUUUUUAAUCAUGAAACCCGCCUGGAUUGCCGCCACAGCACUGACGACUUUGUGCUUUGCGUAUACCGCCACCGGUGCCCCAACUACAGCAGCAAACGAUUGCACAGGUAUCGAUGUAUUAUACCCAAAAGAAGGAGCGUCGUUUAGUCGCAGUGAACAACAAACAAUCUAUCUCAUUCUAGGCAACAAGGCACAUGAUGCAAAGUUGCGACACAUCAACGUGGCGCGAGAAACAAGUGAUGAGGCCGGCGCCGACAAAGCGAUGGAGACGGGGAUAGACAAGGACGAUACGCUUAGCAAGGUGGUAGUGCUCCAACAAGACUUGAAUCAGAUUGAGGGCACGAUGCCUGACAAAUUCACGUUCCGGGGGGGGAAGCGCUUUUUGAGUGGCAUCCAAGUGGAACAAGACGGACGCGACUGCGUGUAUGAAUCGCCUUCCUUCGAGGUGACAGACUAAGAGAGAAAAAAAGAAAUGCGACCAAAUAAAAAAAAAAUAUAAUGAAAAUUCUGGACUAUGCUCAAUUGGUGC